AGGCGUCGUACUCAACACGCAGUUCUUUUCUCUCCCCGCCUGCUCCCCUCGGCUCUCCCCUGCACCGCCCGUGACGGCGCUUCACUCUCUCUCCCCCUUUCCCCUUUACACACAGGUAUGUCCGUCCUUUGCCGCUGCGUGGCCGUUGCAGUGCUGUGGUGGACGCUGGUGCUGGCCUUGCCGGCGCAGGCGUGGUCCAUCACCGACUUUCCGCAAAUUGACUGCGCCGAUACCGACUUGGAGCACUGCUCCCAGUGCCACUACGCCACUAUCGGUGGUGUCACCCACUUCCUCUGCGCCAUCUGCGUCGACACCGCCACUACGCGGUAUUCGCAGGCAACGCAGGGGCAGAACUUUGCCACCUGCCAGGUGUACAACGGCAACUGUGAAAUGCACGACUGCGACAAGUGCGGCUCAGACGACCCAAAGAUUUGUGUGGCGUGCAACCAUGGCGUGCCCGACCAAGAAACGUCGGAGUGCCUCGGGGAGACAGUUUCGUCCGCCACGGGUGGACUGUACACCUCGAGUAAGGCCCCCACGCCUGUCCCGGUCCCAGUAACGACCACCACAACAACCACACCUGUGCCUGUCCCGGUAACGACCACCACAACAACCACACCUGCGCCUGUCCCGGUAACGACCACCACAACAACCACACCUGUCCCGGUCCCAGUAACGACCACCACAACAAUACAGGUGUGGUUGUUGUUGUUGUCGUUACCGGGACAGGCACAGGUGUGGUUGUUGUGGUGGUCGUUACCGGGACAGGCGCAGGUGUGGUUGUUGUGGUGGUCGUUACCGGGACAGGCACAGGUGUGGUUGUUGUGGUGGUCGUUACUGGGACCGGGACAGACGUAG